UAAGUGGUCAGUUUGAGAGCACUCCGGAUUGCAACACGCACAACCGCGUCACCACAAGAAAGACUUGAGUAUCCGGAUCCUUUAUCUCCCCUCCAUCGCUGGGAAUCCAGAGGGCCUCUCAGGACUGUCCACUGCGUUUUAUAUUGCGAUCCAAUCAUUCAAUCGCUAUCAUGACUUCCGAGCGACAAGCUGACAAUGCCAUCCGAUUCUUCGAGUCUCGAUCUUACAAUUACGACGACACCUGGCACGCGGACUUCGCGAAACGCUUUCUGUCCUAUCUUCCCAUACAACCAGGCCAACAAGUUCUCGACCUAGCUUGCGGCACCGGUCUCCUUAGUUUUCUGGAGGCAGAAGCGGUGGGUCCCACGGGCCAUGUCAUCGGCAUCGACGUUACGCCUGGCAUGCUCACCGUUGCUGCUUACAAGAAGCAGAAGGCCAGUGGGAAGUGCACCAACCUGGAUUUCCUCAGAGGGGAUGUCUUACAUCUCGAGGAAACUGAAGCUCUAAAAGGCAAAACGUUCAAUAUCAUUACUGUCGCAUCAGCUUUGGUAUUGUUCCCGGAUCCGAAUGCAGCCAUAGAGCACUGGGCAGGCUUCCUAAAGCCAGGUGGCGUAAUCACAUUAGACUCAACACAUCCACGGAACUUGGUGUCAGGCAUGGUACUAGAGCGCACUGCUCGACGCUUGGAGUUGCCAAUGCCGUACAACCGCGAAUGGAGUCAAUCCGAAUCAAGCCUGAAAGACGUUCUAGAGUCUGCAGGGCUUCAAGUCGAGAAGGUCUUAACGGUGGAGAACCAAGCAGGAUACGGAAGACGAUACUACCCGGUCGAAGAAUGGGAUGAUUUCUUCGUGGAGAACGUGAUCGUCAAGGACGUUGCGCGGACCUUUGCGAACAAUGAAAUAAGGAGGAAGGCGCAAGGUGUAUUCAAAGAAGAGUGGGAGAAGCUAGCCGUCGAUGGAAAGGUGGAAGAAGUUGAUGCCGUCUUCCUCGCCGUCGCGCGAAAGCCUGCCGAUGGCUCGAGAUACAUCCCAACCGGUCUAAGCAAAGAGGUGGUCUUUACAGGAGGAUGCAGAUGCAGUAGUAUACAGUACACGUCCACGGCACCCCCUUCGGAUAUCACUUUCUGCCACUGCCGCGCCUGUCAACAGGUCUCGGGCUCCGGAUUUCUCCCAUUCAUCGACGUCCCGACGGAUUCACUCAAGUUCACCUCGUCGUCUACUCUCAAGACGUUGAAGCUCUCAGAAUCUGCGGACCGGACAUUCUGCACGGGCUGUGGGGCGCCGAUUACAAUGAAGUAUCACUUCCAAGAGGAAGUCACAGGCCUCACAAUGGGGUCAGUUGAUCUGGAUAGCCUGACGGUAGCGCAGCCGAGAGUUAAGCAGCAUAUCUUCUUGAAAGAGAGGGCGCCAUGGGUGGUGCUUCCGGGCGACGACGCGGAGCGCUUGGAGGCUGCACCCUUUGCGCAUCUGCUGGUACCAAAAUCUAGCUGAUCCGACGGCGUCUG